CAACCACCACAGUGCCCCACGCCAACACCAACGACUCUUCGCCCCUCGCCCACCUUUCUCCCCUCUUCGCCGCCUCCAGUCUCUUGCACAGCAAACAUGGCGCAGAUACGAGGCACGGCCGGCUACCACCUCGGCAACCAGAGUCCCUUUGGCAACCCGGGCAGGAGCUCUGCCACAGACGACCCGAGUCCGCUGGACCAGCUCCGAGAGCAGACGAACAAGGUCGAGGAGUGGUUAGACACCGUGUCAGACCCCAUCAAGCCCUAUCUACCAGCAAUUGGACGAUUCCUAAUCGUCGUGACAUUCUUAGAAGAUGCGCUGCGCAUUCUCACCCAGUGGAACGACCAGCUCACAUACCUACAUACCUACCGGGGGAUCUAUAAUGGCCUGACACACCUCUUCCUCAUCGUAAACAUCGUCGCCAUGGUCGCGUGCUCCUUCAUGAUUAUCGUUCGAAAACACUCGGAUUAUGGCGUCGCAGGGUUGAUGGGCGUGGUUGUGUUGCAAGGAGUUGGAUACGGACUAGUUUUUGACCUCAAUUUCUUCCUCCGCAAUCUGUCUGUCAUGGGCGGGCUCCUCAUGGUGCUUUCCGAUUCGUGGGUGCGCAAGAGGUUUGCGCCAGCCGGACUACCACAGAUUGAUGAGAAGGACCGCAAGAUGUAUUUCCAACUGGCAGGAAGGAUCCUGUUGAUCUUCCUAUUCAUUGGCUUUGUCUUCCGCGGCGACUGGAGCUUCUGGAGAGUCCUAGUCAGCAUUAUAGGCUUCGGAGCCUGCGUCAUGGUCGUUGUGGGCUUCAAAUCAAAAUGGAGCGCCAUUAUGCUGGUUAUCAUUCUCAGCAUCUUCAAUGUGCUGGUCAACAACUUCUGGACGCUCCAUCCUCACCAUCCCCACAAGGACUUCGCCAAAUACGAUUUCUUCCAGAUCCUAUCCAUUGUUGGUGGUCUCCUUCUCCUAGUCAACAUGGGGCCCGGACAAUUCAGUGUAGACGAGAAGAAGAAGGUCUAUUAAACAAGUUCGAUUUGAGCAGCGGGGGUUCAUCAAUUAGUGACAAGCAGAGCUCAGUCAGCAGAGUCACAAUUUCAUUUAUUAUUGUGAGAACGAUAAACGGAGGCGAGGUAUGACACCCAAAAACAUGGCGUGGAGUCCGGAUGGCUGCGUCGUAGAUCAUCGAGAAGGCGUUUAUUAUAUCGCGAAUUGGAUUUCCUCUUGGUCCGCAGUGGUGCCUGUGGACUUGAUAGCAUAUUUGCUGAUGUUUUUCUCUAUACAAGUUAAGUAUGCAG